AGAAAGACCUAAAAUAUAUAUUACAUAUUUUUUUUUAUUAUCUAAUAUAUUAUAUCCUAUAUUUUAGGAUCACAAAAUCUUCCAACUUGUGAUCUAAUAACAUUUUUUAAAUGUUUGGUUGAUAUAGGAAAACAUUUCACAUCAUGACAUUUCAAUUUCAUUCUCUAAAACAUGUAUCACACGUCAUUUUCAGGUGUACGGGAACCAAAGUUCCACCACUGCAUCAAUCUAUAAAGCUCCAAAUUGUUGAGCUUACAUUCCCACAGCCGAUGAUGAACGGAACGAUGCUGUUGACGGAAUUCUCAGGUUAUGCGGAGAGGGCGGCGAGGUUCUCUUGCUUCGGUAGCCGGAGUUUCAACGGAAGAACUAACUCCAGUCUCCCUGUCAACAACGGCAAGAUCAUAAACUCCGGGAAACUGACACGUGUCUCCAGCACACUAGCUCUUAACUUCCCACUGCUUCACCACCUAUGGUAUGGCAGGAUCCCAUGAGUUUUGUCUUUUGCCUUUUUUUAUAUUAUGGUCAAUAAUUUACGGCUAUGCGCAUUAGUUUUCUCUUUUGCAUUUUAGUUAAAGUUAGAACGUUCUUUUUUCGAUAAAAAAAAAUGAAGUUAAAGUUAGAAAGUAGAAACGCGUGAUUGCUUUUCAUCUUUUAUUAAUAAAAAAGGAAUUACAGAUUACUUUUUCUGGUUUAUUGGACAAUUUGUUCGAACAAUAAUCAAUGUUUUGUCAAAAAAAAAAAGAAAAAACAACAAUCAAUGCAUCACUUCUUUCUCCAUAUAGUGCUUCACCACAAAAAUCUCUUCUCUAUCACUUUCCAUGGCUUCUUCUUCUUCUUCUUCUAGCAACGGGAGAUACCAUGUUUUCCCCAGCUUCCGUGGUGAAGAUGUCCGCAACUCAUUCCUAAGCCAUCUUCUCAUGGAGCUUGAACGCAACUUGAUCACUACAUUCAUCGACCAUGGCAUCGACAGAAGCCGCCCUAUCGGAUCCGAGCUUUUAUUGGCGAUAAAAGAAUCGAGAAUAGCGAUCGUCAUCUUCUCUAAGAACUACGCCUCGUCAACAUGGUGUUUGAACGAACUGGUGGAGAUCCACAAGUGCUUUAAGGAUCUGAAUCAGAUGGUGAUACCAAUUUUUUACCAUGUCGAUCCUUCUGAUGUUAGAAAGCAGACCGGGGAAUUCGGCGAUAGGUUUAAAGAAACCUGCAUGGACAAAACAGAAGAUGAGAUAGAAAGGUUGGUUCGAGCACUAACGGAUGUAGCAAAUUUGGCCGGACAGGAUUCUAAGAAUUGGUACGUUAGAUACAAGAACCAUAUAGCCAUCUAUGAAAUUUGGUUCCGGUUCAGUUUGGUUCAGCAAUUGGCAAUUAGUGGAUUGACCCAAGUCCCUUAUAUAUUACUCAAGUCCCUUUCAUAUAUUCGAUGUGGGAUCUUCUCUCCAAUAGUUAUGAUACCAUCAAACGAUUUUAGCGACUUUGUGGGGAUUGAAGCUCAUUUUCAGAGGUUGAAUAAUCUUUUGUGUUUGGAGUCUGAGGAGGUUAGAAAGGUAGGAAUUUGGGGCCCUUCAGGGAUAGGUAAGAGUACCAUAGGAAGAGUUCUUUUUAGUCAACUCUCUAGCCGAUUCCACCACCAUGCUUUUGUCUCUUACAAGAGUACAAAACAGUGGGAUGACUAUAGCAUGAAGUUGUCUUUGGAUGAACGACUUCUGUCGGAAAUUUCAUGUCAAAAGGACCUAAAGGUAUCCCAUUUAGGUGUAGUGAAACAAAUGCUAAACCACAAGAAAGUUCUUAUCAUCGUUGAUGAUGUGGAUGAUCUUGAAGUGCUAAACACCUUCAUGGAUCAAACUCGUUUGGUUGGAUCCGGGAGCAGAAUCAUUGUGAUAACUCAAGAUAGGAAACUUUUAAAGUCUCAAGAGAUUGAGCUUAUUUAUGAGGUCGAGCUCCCAUCGUACGAUCUGGCUAUACAAAUGUUCUGUCGAUCUGCGUUUGGGAAAAACUCUCCGCCUUAUGGUUUCGAAGAACUCACGGAGGAAGUUGCAUUGCAUUCAAGUAAUCUCCCUUUAGGUCUAAGUGUCUUGGGUUCGUCUUUGAAAGGGAUGACGAAGGUGGAGUGGGUGGAGAUGCUGCCUAGGCUCCUGAAUAGUUUGGAUGGGAAAAUCAAGAAUACACUAAAAGUUUGCUAUGAUAGGUUAGAUGUCAAAGAGCAAGAAUUGUUCCUUUGGAUUGCAUGCCUAUCCGAUGGUCCUAACGUCAGUUUCUUAAAAGACUUGCUUGGAGAUAGUGCUGAAAUUGGGCUCAAAAUACUGAAUGACAAGUCCCUAAUACGUAGGGAAUCAACAGAAUUUGUUCGAAUGCACAGUUUGUUACAGAAGUUGGGUAAAGAAAUCAAUCGUGCAGAUCCCAUCAACAACCGUAGGUUCUUGACGGAAGCUGAGGAUAUAUGUGAUGUACUUACCGAUAAUGCUGGCACUAAGAAUACUCUAGCCAUGUAUUUGAACAUGUCGGAAAUCAACGAGCCAUUGUCUAUGGAUGAAAAUUCAUUUCAAAGAAUGCGUAAUCUGAAACUUCUACACUUUUACAAACCCUGGUGGUGGUCAAGGGAGACUGGAAAAGGCAGAUUGACUUUACCUGAUCGAGGUCUGCAUCAUUUUCCACGCAAACUCAGAUUGCUACGUUGGGAUGAAUAUCCAUCCAAGUGCAUGCCUUUUAACUUUAGAGCGGAAAGUCUGGUUGAAAUCAGAAUGGAGUAUAGUAAGCUUGAGAAGUUGUGGGAAGGAACUCAGUUUCUUGGAAGUUUGAAGGAGAUGGAUAUGAGUUAUUCUGCAGAUUUAAAAGAGAUUCCAGAUCUUUCAAAAGCAAUAAAUGUCAAGAAAUUGAAUCUUCGGGGAUGCAAAUCUUUGGUGGCACUUCCUUCCUCAAUUGGAAAUCUCAGUAAUCUGUUUCUAUUGAAGCUUAAGGGAUGCACAUCUUUGGUGACACUUCCUUCUUCAAUUGGGAAACUCAGUAAACUAUCUAAACUGGACAUGUCGAAAUGCUCAAACCUUAAGUUUCUACCAGCUGAUGUCAACUUGGAAUCUCUUUUAAUUCUCAAACUUAACGGAUGCUCACAGUUGAGAAUGUUUCCUCGUAUAUCAAGGAACAUUGAAUGGCUUUACCUAGAAGAAACUGCAUUAGAAAGAGAAGAAGAUAGUUCUUGGAUUGAGAAUAUCCCUCACCUUAAAGAACUCUAUUGGGAUGAUGUACCAUUGAGUUGUAUGCCACCUAAUCUCAACCCAGAAUAUAUGAAGUACCUUAAAAUGAGAGGUGGCAGGCUUAAGAAGUUAUGGGGAGGGGUAAAGUCGCUUGAAUAUCUCAGGGAGAUGGAUUUGUCAGGAUGUGAAAGCCUAGUCGAAAUUCCAGAUCUUUCAAUGGCCAUCGGCCUUAGGUAUUUGGAACUCAAAAAUUGUAAAAGCUUGGUUAUGCUUCCUUCCUCAAUUAGGAAUCUCAACCAACUCGAGCGCUUGAACAUGGAAGGGUGCACAAUGCUCGAGGUUCUACCAGUCGACAUCGACUUGCCUAAUCUUGGACAACUCAAUCUCAGUGGAUGCUUAAAAUUGAGAAAUUUUCCUCAGAUUUCAACCCGCAUUGAAUUUCUCUAUCUAGAUGACACUGCGAUUGAAGAAAUUCCUUCCUGGAUUAAGAACAUGUCUAGACUCUGGGAACUAACAAUGCGUCGGUGCAAGAAUUUAAAGAAAAUCUCCGCAGAGAUUUUUAAAUGGCAAUAUCUUGAGGCAGACUUUUCAGACUGUGGAGGAAUCACAACAAUCUGUGAUCACUUACCAGGAUGGCCACACAAUGAUUUCUUUGAUAUUUCUUCAUUUUCUUCUUACAGAUAUCCGGGAGGAGUGACUCCGUUCAAGUUCAAAAAUUGCUUUGAUUUGGAUAGAGAUGCACAGGAAAUUAUUAUACAAUCAAACCCAAUCAUGGCCGUUAUACCAGGUGGAGAAGUGCCUAUGUAUUUCACACAUCGAGGUUGUGGAAGUUCCCUAAGUAUCCUUUUGUCUGAGAGCUCUCUUUCUCAAGAAUCUCUAUUACUGAAAACUUGCCUCGUGGUCGGACAUUCAAGUCACUACCCCGCCAGAUACAUACAAGUUCGUCAGUCCUUUCGAGGCCAAAAAGAAGAGAUUCAUUAGGCCUGUUCUUUUCAUUGCCGCUGCGACUAGCGGUCGCGGCAACAAAAUCACACUUUGACGGAGUCAAGAUGAACGCUCUUGAAAGUAAACUUAAUUAUCGCAGCUUGCCGCAACGAUGGAAAAAGGGGAUGAUGCUGCCGCUGAUAUUUUCAGCGUCGGAUUUAGUUACUGCGUUUUGCCGCUGCGACUGAAAAAGGAAGUUUCGGUUGUCUCACCGGCACUAUAUUUCCGAUGGUAAAGAGGUAAUUUUCAGUUGCCGCUGCUAGUCGCGCGUUUGCCAAAAGAACAUGACUAUUGUGAUGUUAAAGUGGACGCCGCGUGCACAUACGAGAAGGAUCAUCAGGUUUUGUUCAUCUUACAUAUUCAAAUAAAAGGAGUGGAUAACCCGCCAUCUGAACUGAACAACAAUGUUCUACUACUUGAGUUUUAUACCAACCAUUAUGUCCGAUAUGGUGGAGGGUGUUCUCGCCGCAAACAAAUUUCUACCGUUGAAGGGAUAAAAGGAUGCGGUGCACGAGUCAUGAAUAUCUCAGAAACAGACGGCGAGCGUAACAGACGAAAGAAGAAGAUGCGGAUGACAGUUCCAACAUUCCAAGAGCAUACCAACUCUCCGUAUAUCCAACCUGCAGUGAAUUCCAGACUAGUGGCUCCGAAUUUGGACCUUUCCCUGGGGCUGGCUGGAGCAUCUAGUGGUGAAGAAAGUGACGAAGAAAGUGAUGAAGAGAGCAACCGAAGCAAGAAAAAGAUGCGGAUGACAGUUCCAACAUUUCAGGAACAUUCCAACUCUUUGUACAUCCAAACUGCAGUGAAUUUCGAACCGAUGGCUCAAAAUAUGGAGCUUUCCUUGGGGUUGGCUGGAGCAUCUCCUUUUGACCCGUGUCUUGGCAGAGAAUCUUUGCAUUCUGAACCCAUGAUAAUCGAGCAACAAAACACAGGUGCAUCCGACGAAGAGGAUCCUUCAUUUUCUGCACUGCUUUUAAACUUUUUCACCUAGAUGAAAUACUUCUUUCCGUUAUAAAGAAAUAAGUUUCAUGAAUGCUGGAGUUUGGUUCAGUCACUCAUAUGUAAAAAACAAAAUUUCUACCAAUUGAAUGAUUUUAUGAAUUUUUUUUUUAAUGUUA